AGAGUGCCGGAAGCUGCGACGACUCCUGCUAUGGCCGAGGUACUGUCGGUUUCGACGGGAUCGGUGGCCGGCUGCCGGGCGCGGGCAGCGCACAACGUGCUGAAUCAGGUGGUCCUCCCUGGGGAGGAGCUGGUGCUGCCGGAGCACGAGGACGUGGACGGCCUUGGCGGUGCCGGGGAGCAGCCGUUGCGUCUGAAUUCGGGGGCGCGCCCGCGGCUGCGCGUCGUGUGUGGCCCGGGUUUACGACGCUGCGGGGACCGCCUGCUGGUCACCAAGUGUGGCCGCCUGCGUCACAAGGAGCCCGGAGGAGGCGGCGGUGGCGUUUACUGGGUGGAUUCGCAACAGAAGCGGUACGUACCGGUGAAAGGAGACCAUGUGAUUGGCAUAGUGAUCGCUAAAUCUGGAGAUAUAUUCAAAGUUGAUGUUGGAGGGAGUGAGCCAGCUUCUUUGUCUUACCUGGCAUUUGAAGGAGCAACGAAAAGAAACAGGCCGAAUGUGCAGGUUGGAGAUCUCAUCUAUGGCCAGUGUGUGGUUGCUAAUAAAGACAUGGAACCAGAAAUGGUCUGCAUUGACAGCUGUGGACGGGCCAAUGGAAUGGGUGUGAUUGGACAGGACGGUCUGCUCUUCAAAGUGACUUUGGGCCUAAUUAGAAAGCUAUUAGCUCCAGAUUGUGAAAUCGUGCAAGAACUGGGAAAACUCUAUCCAUUGGAGAUUGUAUUUGGAAUGAAUGGAAGAAUAUGGGUCAAGGCAAAAACCAUUCAGCAGACUUUAAUUUUGGCGAAUGUCUUAGAAGCUUGUGAACACAUGACCACAGAUCAAAGGAAACAAAUCUUUGCCAGAUUGGCAGAAAGUUGACAUGAACACCUCUUUAAUGGCUCAUUUUAUUCAAGACUGAGUUUCCUGGGAAAAUCUUUUUCUCAGAUGAAUCUCUUCCUACCAGAUCUUCAGAAGAUGCAUAUUGUCUUAGAGAAUCCAAUAAAAUAUUUUUAUAAGA